GGUACAGAGAAAGAGAGAGGAACAGGAUCAGGAGAUUAGCAGAGAGCAGAGAUGGACUGAGGAGUCUUGGGAAGCAAAUGUACAUUUAUAUACGCACUGCUCAAGUACAGAAACCCAAGCCCAGGGCUGAGCGCAGAUAUGCAGGAGUCACCGGGUUCCAUAGGUGUGGAUGGAGGCUAUGCCAACAACGUGCCGGCAUUCCUCACCAAGCUGUGGACGCUGGUGGAAGACCCGGAGACCAACCAUCUCAUCUGUUGGAGCACUACUGGUACCAGUUUCCAUGUGUUUGACCAAGGCAGGUUUGCCAAAGAGGUUCUGCCCAAAUACUUCAAGCACAACAACAUGGCCAGCUUUGUGCGCCAGCUCAACAUGUAUGGCUUCAGGAAGGUGGUGAAUAUUGAACAGAGUGGGCUGGUGAAGCCAGAGAGAGAUGAUACAGAGUUUCAGCACCUGUACUUCCUCCAAGGCCAUGAGCAUCUUCUAGAACACAUCAAGCGCAAGGUGUCUAUAGUAAAAAGUGAAGAGACUAAAUUCAGGCAGGAGGACCUAAGCAAGCUCCUGUAUGAAGUACAGGUGCUUCGCAGCCAACAAGAGAACAUGGAGUGCCAGAUGCAAGAUAUGAAACAGCAGAACGAAGUAUUGUGGAGGGAAGUGGUGUCACUGAGACAGAACCACACACACCAGCAGAAAGUUAUGAACAAGCUGAUUCAGUUCCUGUUCAGCCAGAUGCAGGCGAGCCCCCCCAACACGGUCGGAAUGAAGAGAAAAUUGCCCCUGAUGUUAGAUGAUGGCUCCACCACUCCUCCUACCUCCAAACUCAGUCACAGCCAAUCCAUGGAGUCCAUACAAGAGGCCUUCUACAUUCAAUCGCCAUCCACAGAGGCUGCCUCUUGUUCCACUAGCAACACAAUGACAGUAGGGCCAAUCAUCUCCGAUGUUACUGACAUGUCACAGCCUAGUGCGAUGGCUAUUCAAAUGGAGGAAGCAAGGGAAAGAUGUCCAAUGAUUAUUAAGGAAGAGCCAGUGAGUCCAGGUGUGCACAGGUGGAGUGAGGACGUUUCUUGUGGUGUGUGUACUGAACCCCCCAUUCUCCCCUUGGCCAUGGUACAAUCCGUCCUAGAGGGCCGAGGAUCAGGCUCUGGAGAGAGGAGGGCCAAGAGGACCAUGGACAGGCCAGAAACUUCUGAAGCUGUUGAAAAUGUGGACAUGAGCUUUGAGGAGCUACAGCUGCUCCUGAGAAGCCACCAGCAGAGUAUGGAGUCCAGCUCUGCCAAUGUGGAUACAUUUACUUUUAGUAUGCCCAUGAAUGAGUGGAACUUCACAGAGAUGGACCCAAAUCUCAAAUCAGAGUUGGCCAACAUCCUUGUCCCUGCUGCUAUGUCUCAGUACAUGUUCCAGUGUCAGGAGGGUGAAGUGUGCAAUGCUAAUGGCUGUGAGGAACAGUAAGAUCCUGACACUGCAUCUGGCACAAGUUCCUCUUCUCGGACCAUCAGGUCAUCCUGCAAAUCAUUUCAACUGACUACUGGCUUCUCUCGUACCUUCCUUAUCAUUAGUGUGAGAGCGGGUUGUGAAAGCUUGUGUGGCACACCUAUCCGGGGAUGAUUAGUUGUGGUUUCAUGAACUUUUGACCUGCAUACUAUUGAACCAGCUGUACCUACAGGGAUGUUUAAGAUUUUUGCUAUGGCUCUAUAGUUUUUUUCCAUUUAAGGGGUGUUGUCCCUUUAGGAAGCUCCUUCACCAUGAUUGCUAUUUCUUGUGUGAAAUCUUCCUGAUCAAUGCCAAAGUUUUUUAUAAUGACACCCAGUACAAUUUGCAUGAGAACUUUUUUGCAGCAGCAGCAUUUAUAUUUAGAACUUGAUUUAUUUUAAUGUAACUUUUACAUAUGUAUAUUUUUAAUAACAGUGUCAGAAUACUUUUUUCCCACUGUAAAUUUCAUUUUUAAACAUAUCUUUGUUUAUGCAUAUGAAUACAUACUUUUUUGUUCAUAUUUAUAAGUACAAAGUGUGUGUACAUUUGAACUGGAUAUAUGCACUGAAAGUAUAUUAAAUAAGAAAAACAAAAGUGUCUGAAUACUUUAUUUCCCCUCACUGUAUAUCGUAGUUAAAAAAGCAAUAAUGCACAGGUGCAUUUCUCAAGGACAGACCAAGAUUAAGUCAUUGCUGUUGAAUGGCAAAUUGUCCCACACACAUUUAUACUACAAGGCCAAAAGCAAUCAGGGCAUUUAUAGCCCCCUCUUGAAAAUCCGUAAUCAGUAGUGGAUUGCAAAAGAACAUAUGGAAUCCACAGGCGAAGCUGUAUUUUAGGAAGCAUUGAAAUUCCAUAAUUCCAAAUACUUUCCUAAGUGGUGGGACCUAUUUCUCUGCUGAAGUAACCACAUUUCUGCCAGUGUGGGCAUAUGCAUUACUGUAUAAGAAUGUGGUCCAUAUUUGAAUGCACUUUACUAUGUGUUGGAGUUACUGCUUGUGGGGCUGGCUUGUUUUUUCUCCCAAUAAUACUUAGUUGUAAAUAUAAAUUUAUAUAUUUUCAUUUUGAUGGAGCAUACUAUAUUUGUAAUUAAUUAGAUAUUUAUGGAAUUAUAACAGAAAUAAAUAAUACAUCUUUCUGUCUGUAUUAAUGUGAGAGUUCUAGGGACUUUCAAUGUGGACCUCACAUUUGGGGGGUGAGUGAUGGAAGUAUGCACUGCUUUUUUUGCACAAUUCUGUGUCUCUAAUCAGUAGCAAACUAUAUAUCUGAAACUGAUACAGAGGCAUCUUUGUCUAUGAUAUCCAAUAUGCUCUAUGACAUUUUGGUAUUUAUGGUACAUAUCAAUGUUAGUUUUUGGAAGCUAAAGUGAUACAGCAUACUCUACUUUAGUUUGAAGCUAAUAUUUAAAAAAAAAAAAAAAAAAACUUAAUUUUGCAGAUGAAUUUGAAAUAUUUAACAUUUUAUUUUUGUGAGUUAUUAAUCUUAAAGCUUCACAGGUGUUUAAAAUCUGAUUUCAUUUCCUAUAUGUACAAAAUUCAGCUUACAAUUUUCUUAAACUCAUUGUAUUUUGUCGCCUAGCGCACAAAUCCACUUGCUCAAUUGCGAGAAGAUGAAUGCUUUGGAGUAGUCUCGCAACAACAUAUUCGGUAUGGAUUCAUCUCCAUACUGCCUUAGUAGGAGAAAGAAAAGAAAAUCAGACAGAAUAGCACAAGAAGAGUGCAAUCUCAUAUGCUUAUUAAAGGCACCAUUAUAAUGAUGGAAAUGUUGGAAAUGUUUCAAAAAGUUAUUACAGACAUCAAUCAGUGAAAUUAAUCCCAAAGUGAAAGUGUGUUUGCUACUAAACUGCUGAGAAAAAGAACUUUAUCUUUCUAUGGCAGCCAUAUUCAUCAGAAAACACCCUAGAUCUCUUAUACUCUUCUUUCUUUCUUUUUUUAAAAAUAAUUUAUAAAUACAUCUUUUUUUCUGAAAAGUGCAAUAUGUAGUGAUUUGUAUCAUUCCCAAAGACACAAUACGUAUGUAACCAUUGGAAUGUAUGGACAAAUAACACUGUAGUCCAGCUAUAUUACAUAUAAAACCCUUUGUGUGAACAUUUGUUGAAAACAUGGCUGGCAUAAGAAUAAUUGCACUAAGAAUGGUUACUGUAUUAGAAAUAGCAAGGAUUGUUUUCAUGUUUAUUACAGCUGUUCUCCUGUAAGAGGCUUUUAUCAUUUGUUUUUGGAGAGGAUGUUUUUCUUUUUUUCUCUGAAAGUUUUUUUCCCCACUUUUUUUUCUAUCAGCUGUUGAGUUUUUUCUUUCUUUUUCCAUUGAUGAAUUGCACUUGUAGUUGAUAAAUGUAUCCCAAUGCAAUGAAAUGUUCAAAAAUGAGUCAUGCUUGCUGAUUUCAUAUAUGCACUUUUCCCAGAUUCAUUAAAGAAAGGGCUGUUAAAAAAAAAAAAAUCAAUGCUGCUAUUUUCACACUGCACUUUUUCUGUCUGUAAUUACCAUCAGCAAAGUGUGUUGUGUUUAAACAUUUGGACCAUGUACACAUAAUAGAUGGAAAAAAAGAUAUGUCAAUAUCUACACAAAAAAAUAUAUAUUUUGGACUCCAAAUGUCAUGUUAAUUCUUGAAAUAAAACCUUUCUGGCACAGAGUCUUGUGAAUGUGUUAUUUUAACAUUUCAGUAAAAAAGCUCAAUAAUUUGAAGAUAUUUUAAUGUAAUGUGUGUCAGAAGAUCCAAAGGGUGAAGCAGGCAUGGUGAUGUGGUCAGUAGUUCAUUAGUUGCUGGAGGAUUUUGGGAAAAUUUGGGGAUUUUGGAAUGACUGAUACAGGUCAUAUUAUCCUAGGAAAUGUAGUUUUUGCUUUUGAGUGCUGACUCAGCCCGAUUGCUUGAGAAAGUGACACUGAUCUUUUCAAGCUUCACAUGGCAUAUAUCACCUUUUAAACAUUCCUAGUCCUUUUUUGUCUGAGCAUUGUGAGCCUUGCAGGCCACUUUUGAUUAACGCUGGACAGCUUUGAAUCACUCUCAGGUUUCAUCUUGCUAUUUUUUUAAUGCAGUGACAAAUGUGGAGUUGGAUUGAUGUAUGAAUUCUGAUCUGUUCAGGCUGAGAUUGCACUGCCACAUGUCAGAACUGUAUCGCAUUUUAGUACCACAUAUGAACGUGGCCCAAAGUGGUCAGAAAAUGUUUACACUGUCACAGAAACGACAGAUUUUUGUGUCACUAUAUGAGGAAAAUGAUCAGAUUUGUGCCCAAGUUUUGCCUGUAAUUUGAACAUCAUUAGGCAAAGGGAGCACUUACUGUAAUAAAAUUUUGGAGAAGAGAUGAUUGAUAGGAAUGGUGCUCCUCCUGUUCCUGAAGAUUUCUAGCAGAUUUCCAACCUCUAGACUAAAAACGUCCACUAUAACUAUAUAGGACUUCAAUGAAAGAAAUGCUAAGUUGUGUUUUCAUUUGUUAUUUUUGUUUGAUCUGAUUGCAGAGCAUGUGUUUUCAGGACAGAGUAGUACAUUUUUUGCCUGAGCUACAUGCAUUUAACCCCAGAUAUUAUGACCAAUUUUUCUAAGCUUCCCUCUAGAUUUUUUUUAAUUGGGCUAAUUUUUCCCCACACCCUUUCCCCAAAAACUAGAAGACUAAGGAAGAUGUAUUAUAACUUACUGUAACCAAUGCAUUAUAUGUAAAACAAUAAUUAUUUUGGCUAGCAUUCUGCUGUGAGGGUGCAAUUAUUUGUGCUCCAAUCAUGUAAAGUUUUGCUAAAUGUGUCCAAGUCACAGGAUUGACAGUUGAAGAACAUUCAUUGCUGUA